AUGGACGUAGCCAAGUACCUGACUGUGCUAGUUGUGUUGUGCCUGGAGGGCGGUGAAACUGGAGGCGGAGGGAAACACCAUGACCACGUGCGAAUACACAUACCGGAGUUCAUUCAUCAUGACCACCAUAAGAAAGUGAUCACUAUUCACCAUCACCAUCACAAGCCAAAGAAAGAGCAUCAUCAUCAUCACCACCAUCACCACAAGCCGCAGAUUCCCCACGGCCAUCAUUAUCAUCAUCAUCAUAAGAAGGUUCAUACGAAGACUCAUACGGAGUCUAAAGGGGGGAAGCAUCAUCAUGCUAAACAUGGUCACCAUGGUCAUCACGGUCAUCACGGUCAUCAUGGACAUCACGGUCAUCAUGGACACGGUCAUCACCACGAUGCGCCCGUCGUGCCAAGUUUCAGCUACACGCCCAGCGCAAUUCCCUCCUACGAGGAUGACUACUCUCCUUCAUAUUCACCGUCAUAUUCCCCACCAGUGCCUGCAUAUGGAGGCAUCCCGAGCACAGACUACUCUUCCCCUCAGGUGCCCCGUGUACACGGAGUAACCCACACGGUUAAACAAGUUAAAGUGUUCGACUCGCUUCCUGGCGCCCUCCCUAACAAAGGCGUCGGCCAUGGUUACGAGGUGACCGAAGAAGGCGAGGAAGAUGACGAUGUGUUCACGACUGUAAACCAACUCCAGAACAGAUUCCCAGCGACGUUCGGUUAUGUUCGCAGUGCGGCCGCUCAGCCGACGAAUGAUCCAUACGCAGAAUUGAAUGCUCAAGAUGCACUGCCGACAAACUUUGCAUCAGCACCGGCGCCUACUAUAGGGCUAUCGAGUGGCAUAGAGAGUUUCGCGGGAACUGUGCAGAGCGAUCCGUUCGCCUCUUCUGCCCCAACUCAGACUAUAAGCCUGCCUAGUGCUGAGCCCUCAGCUGAGUUCCCAGUGUCCUUCCAAGGAGAAAGUUUCGACGGUCAACUGAACUCUUUUGCGGGAUCAGAUGGUAAAGACGGAGCAUUUAUAUCGAAUGAAGAAAAUACUUUGUCCGAAGAUACCCCAGUAUCCUUCACGAGAGAGGCGGGCAUACAACAGACUACCAAUACUGGUAAUGUUGAAACCCUCGUAUAUUAG